AUGAAAGACACCAUAGUUCUGUACCCAGCUCCGGGCCUGAGUCACCUUGUCUCCCUGGUUGAGCUGGGGAAGCUAAUCAUCCACCACUAUCGCCACCGCUUCUCCCUCACAGUCCUCCUUAGCUCCGGCGACUCAUUCAAACUUCCUGCCGUCGAUUCUUACAUCGAUCAUAUCUCUCAAACAGACCCUUCAAUUGUUUUCCACCGCCUACCUGCUCUUCCCAACUCUGAAUCUUCACCACCCACCACCACCUUCCAAACCAUUCGCCGCAACAAUCCAAAUCUCCUCCACACCCUCCAAACCAUCUCCAACACUUCCUCCAUUGCAGCCCUUGUGAUCGAUUUCUUCUGCAACCCCGCCUUCCCUAUUGCUACUGAUCUAAAGAUCCCUCUAUACUUCUAUGUCCCGUGCGGUGCUUCUGCUCUCUCCUCCUUCCUUUACCUUCCAACGAUUCAUAACCAGACUGAGAAGAGCCUCAGGGAACUCGGCAACACUAAUCUAGACAUCCCGGGCCUGCCCCCAAUUCGUGCUGCACAGAUGCCCAAGGCCAUGCUAGUUCGGAACAAUGAAUACUACGAUGAGUUUUUGGAUAUGUCAAUCAAUUUCAUCAAAUCAAGGGGCAUUAUAUCAAACACCUUUCAAGCACUACAGCCAAGAGUAAUCAAGGCCGUCGAAGAACAAACGCCGGCUUUUUUCUGUAUUGGACCAUUAGUCGUAGAACCCAGAGAUCAAUCUAGUGAGUCAGAUUGUUUGCGGUGGCUUGAUGCGCAACCGAGUCGAAGCGUUGUGUUUUUGAGUUUCGGAACCCGCGGCGUUUUCCCGGCGAAGCAGAUUGCAGAGAUCGCCGAGGGGCUUGAGAGGAGUGGCCAGAGGUUCUUGUGGGUGGUGCGAAGUCCUCCACCAGUGCACGAUAGUGGCAAACGGUUGUCGUUAUCGGCCAUUGAUGAUUUCGAUCUUGACGAUGUGAUGCCGGAGGGGUUUCUUGAUCGGACCAGAGACAGGGGACUGGUGGUGAAGUCGUGGGCGCCGCAGGUAGAGGUACUGAGUCGGAAAUCGGUGGGUGGAUUUGUAACACAUUGUGGGUGGAACUCGAUUUUAGAAGCGGUGUGCGCUGGGGUGCCCAUGCUGGCUUGGCCGCUCUAUGCGGAGCAGGAGGUGAAUAAGGUGCUUUUGGUGGAGGAGAUGAAGUUGGCGAUGCCAAUGGAGGCGGCGGAGGAGGAGGGAAUUGUGGUUGCCGCCAAGGUUGAGAAGCGAGUCGGAGCGUUGAUGCACUCGGAUGAGGGGGCAGAGAUGAGGAAACGGUGUCGUAAGAUGAGGGAGAAGGCGUUGGCUGCGUGGGCUGAAGAGGGGUCCUCAAAGAAUGCGUUAGUCAAUUUGGCGAAGUCAUGGGAACGGAUAUAA